GUUCCUUGGACAUCAGCCUCGCGAUCGUCACUGUCCGUCUGCAACUUAUAUCCAACUCCAACGCCUGCAAAGUGCUGUCGUGCCUUGCUGAGCCUGCUACAAUUGUUCCUUACCGUGUUAUUCGCCGGUUGGCCGUUAAAACCACACAUCCUGACAUCAUCCCGGCGCAGCGGCAAUCAUGGCGCCAGACGCAGAGUCGCGCAAAGGCGCAGACCAAACAAUCAAGGUCGCUUCCAAAAAAGACUCCAAGAAUGCAACAAUAAAGCUUAAGAAGUCGGUUCCAAAGCAUAGCAAGCCGGGCAACUGGAUGGACGGCAGCGUCAUCGAUGAAGAGAAAAAAAAGACAAACAAUUCGUCACCAUCGGUACCAGUGUCUCCUGGUCCCGUCGUCAACCAACUAGACGACUUAUCCCGCGAGACCUUUGCGACUGGACGACCCCUGGAGGACAACCCGGAGCUUCAACAGUGCAAGCAUUGCAAGAAGAGCAUCCUUAAAACGGCUGCAAAGGCCCAUAUAGCACAGUGCCUCAAGGUCAAGAAAGAAAAGGCCCAGCGGAAGAAGGAGGCUCGAGAAGCUCGAGAGCGAGCAAAGGAGGCAGCGCGGGAAGAAGAGGCCAAGAAGAAUGAUGACGACAACGCAGAUGGCAAAGACGAAGACAGUGACGCCGAGGAAGAAAAGAAAGCCGGCAAAAAGGCCGCCAGCAAGAAGCCAGAGGUCAGCAAGAAGCGCAAAGCUGAUGCUGAUGCAGACAAGGGACCCAAGGCGAAGAAGAAGAAGGAUGAGCCAAAGGCUAAGCUCCCGAAGCCAAAAGGACCUGUCGAUGUUGAGCGCCAAUGUGGUGUCAUUCUACCCAAUGGCCAACCGUGUGCUCGUUCUUUAACGUGUAAAAGUCACUCGAUGGGAGCAAAGCGUGCUGUAUCAGGAAGAUCUUUACCCUACGACAUGCUUCUAGCUGCGUACCAGAAAAAGAAUCAGGCCAAGCAGCAGAAAGCUGCGUUGGAUGCAAAUGCACCUCUUGAAGACGACGACGAUGCCAAUAACGGCCCUGUAGACUCUGAUGAAGAGACAGGCGCCGUUAUGAGUGCCUUGGCCCACUGGAACCCCCAGCCCCUGAUCCCCCAGCCCGUUUUCACCCCCAUCAAGCGCCAGUACCAGCUUGCAAGGCUUCAUGAGCAGUUGCAAAUGGCCACCAAUGGAGGCCGCACAAACAUCUUCAAGGUCACCGGCUUUGGCGCUCAGAGACUGCCCCCUGGCCACCCCGGGAUGUUGGAUAACGAAGACGCUCCGGGUGAGCCUGACGUAGAAUCCAUGUCCAUCCCGGGAUCAGCGCGGCAGGCAAGUUUCGGCAUGCCUGCGCCGCCACAGAGGCAGGCCUCGGUGGCGAGUCGGGCAUAGAAAGCCAGGCAUAGAAAACAUGACCCCUGAGAUCGAUUUAUUAUUCUCUUUCUUUUGGUUUUGCGAUUACAGCGGCGGUUUGAGCAUGGACAAGGCGUACGGUGUCUUUCCUAUUUCUCUUCUUUUGGAACUUUUUUUUUUAUUCAAUCGUCCUUUUGGGUAUAUACCAUUUUAGGGAAUGGCUUUCGGACUAGGAAAUGGGUUUUUGAUGAUUGAAACGACUAUCCUUUUUAUAUUCAGGGGCACGGGCAGCGAUACAGCUCGGUAUUGGAAUACUGUGCCGACCCGCUUGUUCUUUUCUUCUACUUCUUUUUAAAGGUUUAUCAUAUUCAUUGUAUAAACGCAUCUCUGUAUAAAUACAUUAUUGGAGACAGCCAUACAAGGUGUAUCAAUAGAAGCCGACUCAGUCAGCGUUCACAUCAUUAUACAAGAUUGAAUAAAUGCG